AUGAUCUACGGCGCCAUAACCAAUUCCUGGCGGAAUCAACUCGAUGACGCUGACCUCGGCGAUCUGAUCGCCACUGCUCGGGACCGCGGCGCGGGCCAUGUGGAACUCCGACAGACCUGCCUGGGUCUCGCAGAAUCCGGCGAAGGCCACGACUGGCGGCCGAACCUGGACACACUCGCUGAAAUCGUGGUCCGUUUCCCCGAACUCACCUUCGAUCUCGCCGUCGCGCUCCCGUGUAUCACCACUGACAUCGACGCUCAGGGCGGUCUGUUCCAGUCCCAACUGGAAGCCGCGCGCCUGGUCGGGGGCGGUUCGCCCCACCUCCGCACCGUGGACCCCGGUGCGUCCGAUACUCCCAUGGGAGUCUUCGGGUGA